GAAAAUCUUUGCUGCUCACUAUUGCGAUCGCCACUUUUUCAGAGACGGGAGUACAAUUACCGUAUAUGUAUUUCACGCUAUACAACCAGGAAUUGUGAUAAUUCCUGUCAAAUACUGACUGUUAAAAGACCAUUAGGGUAUUGCGAAAAAUAUGAUUUCAAUACCAGAGUAUCGUUAAUAAAUACUCCAAAUACGGAGUAUCCUAUUCGACGAUGACACAAGCCAGCAGAAAAAGAGGACGCAGCAUAGAAGAUGAAGCUGGUGAAUUCAUGCCGCUUAGUAAAAGGAUAAACAAUCUUCACAUCAAUGGAUUAUCUGGACUACCAACUCCCGAGUCUUCCCAAGAAACCAUGGACUCUGAAUGGGGCAGCCGCAGAUACGUUCCAUCUCCAAAUCAUUCCGAACCUUCUCAAGGCUCGAGUUCUCUGGAUGGAUGUGGUUCGAGCAGAAGCUCAUAUACCGCCGAAUACAGGCCCAACUUAGACGCAAAUGACAAUCCGUUUUAUUAUGAAAAUAACAAAUUACUUUAUUCACUUUAUAUGGAGCGUAUGCAGAGAGCAUCUGAGCUGUACUAAUCAUUCGGACUUACAUUUUGCCCUUACUGAUUUGCUGGCGUACAGUUCGCUUUGUAAGAAGAAAUCUCAUGCAACAUAUGACUAUAUGUCUAAUAAUGAUACUUCGAUAAGAAUAAUCAAAUCAAAAUCAAAUGAAGAAUUUCAAAUCAUCCUUAGGCCAAAUCAAGUUUUCACCAGUCAAUUUUGGACCAGAUAUAACUAUUUACUUGUAUUGCAUUUUAUUAUCCUUUGUACAUCUCGAUGAGGAAAAUUAUACUAGAAAUUAAUUUACUUUUACUCAAUAUAAACUGCAGUGUAUAUCUGUCUGAAAUCAUGUUACAACAUUUGCAUGGUAUAUUGACACAUUUUAUGAUUAUUUUUUUUUGUGUAAUUUGUCGAAUCUCGACUGAUGUUCAACAAGCGCUUAUACGCUAUUAGUGCAGUCUAAUAUAAGAUUAGUUUAAUAAAUCGACAAAA